AUGGGACCAGAAGCUUUUCAAAAUUUCUGUGAACUGUUUAUGAGAGAUGGUGGUCUUCGACCCAUAAGACAUGCAAGUAUUGAAGAACAAGUUGCUAAGUUUCUUCACAUUAUAUCACACAAUGUGAGGAAUCGGACAAUGUCAUUUUUCUUUUGUCGCUCUGGCGAAACCAUAAGCCGUCAUUUUCAUAGUGUGUUAAAAGUAAUAAUAUCCUUGGAAGGACAGUUCCUCAAGCAACCUAAUGGAUUGGACGUCCUCCCAGAAAUACUCAAUAACGAUAGGUUUCAUCCAUAUUUUAAGAAUUGCAUUGGGGCAAUUGAUGGAACACACGUUCAUGUGAGAGUAUCUAACGAAGAUGCACCAAGAUAUCGUGGUAAAAAGAAUUAUCCAACAAUAAAUGUGUUAGCUGUUUGUUCAUUUGACAUGAAGUUCACCUAUGUCUUACCUGGAUGGGAAGGUACCGCUUCAAACUCAAGAGUUUUGGCUAGUGCACUAGAAAGAAAUGGAGAUAAAUUAAAACUUCCUCAAGGGAAAUAUUAUCUUGUUGAUGCGGGAUACCUAUUGAAGACUGGACUUAUUACGCCUUAUAGAGGAAGCAGUACUGAACCAACACAUGAUGUUAAUACUCAAGUUGAUAUUAUUUUAAUGGGCAUGGAUCCUAAUGAAAGCCUUAUUAAUGAAGUAGACCGAGAGCUGUUGAAUGAAACUCGAAAUGAAAAGGCUGGUCCAGUUGAGAGAAGUGAAGAUCAUAGUUUGGAGGAAUACUUGAGAGAUUCAAUAAACAUAAGAAUGAGUAAAGAAUCAAGCAAAAGUGGUGUGUCGAAGAAGGAUAGAUUGGAUUGGAAUGCACAAAUGGAUGAUAUAUUUGUGGAUGCAUUACAUAAUCAAUAUCUCAAGGGAAAUAUGCUUGAUGGGACAUUCACAACAAGAGCUUAUCAUGAAAUUGUUGAAGAAUUGAAACAAAAACUCGGAAUUGAUAUCAACAAAGAUAAAGUGAAGAAUCGAUUGAAAACAACCAAGACUCGUUUUAACGAGUGUUUUAACUUGUUCAAAAAUGAUUUGAGUGGGUUUGCUUGGAGUCAAGAAACAAAAAUGUGGAGCACUGAACCAAAAGUUUGGGCUGAUUUGAUUGCAGUUGGUUUUCUAAUUGCAAAACCAGCAGCUGAGAAAUGGAAGACUGCUACGAUUUUCAAUUAUGAUAAGUUGCUGGAUUUAUUUGCCAAGGAUAGGGCAAUGGGGUUUAAUGCCCUAACUGCUAAGGAGAUGAUGGAUAAAUGGGCAGUAAAUGAUAAGGAGAAUAAUAAUGAAUCAGUAGCAAGUGCUAGUGAGAGGAGCAAUGAAUGGGUGCCAACUCAUAAUGAUGAUCUUGUGGAUAGCAUUUAUGGUAUUGAUCACUUGGUGUCACGGAAUGAAGCAAGUUUGGAUAAUACGGGUUUUUUUGGAUAUUGA